CAAUCCUGGAAACUGACACUAUCCUAGCUUGAAGAUGGGUCAAUGUCUAUCCUCGCGGAUCCAAAAGUGGUGCAAUUGCUUCCUUGUGGAACCCUCACACGAACCAAGUUCGGACCCUAACAUCUUGGAAUUUCGGGCUCGCAGCUCAAGCCUCGACCAAGGACCAAUGGUCCAAUAUGAACCCAAGGACCUUCGUCAGACCCGUCGGGGCCUAGCUUGGAUCCCGAACCAUUUAUCCAUGGAUUCCAGUUCCGAUGGACAUGGUCUUGAGGUUAAAGAAGGGGUCGAGUCUGUGAUGGGGGAAGGUGUGAUCUUCAAAUAUUUCUAUCGCUCUAAUCAGAGCAUUGACAUGGAGAAAGGCAUCAUGCUAGUCAAAGCUUGAAACUUCUCCUUCACAAGUUGAUGGUCCAAGAAUUGUUGGUUGAUAAUCUUCUGUCCUUUGAUCAGUGGAGGCUUUUUUGUUUAUCUGAGAAUCAAUUUUUAAUAGCUCUUAAGGGGCCUUUGUUAUGAUUGUCAUUUGUAUUUCUAUUUUUACACGUAUUGGUGCCCAAUUAGAGCUAUUCAAAAUUGGGUUGAAAUGGUACGAAUGUUUUUUUGAUGCUUUCCGGUGUUAUGACUUGAAAGCUUCACAACUUAGGAACAUGGCUGUAAAUCUUGUUUUCAUUUUAUCACAAUAUGCCCGUCGGUACAAGGUACCAGAAGGUUUGAAAGCGCAUUAUCUGAAAUACUUAAAAAUAUAUUCUAAAUUAAUGUGCUUUUCGAAAACACCGAAUUAAGAUCAGCUUUCCCUCAAUUAGGCUUUAGGUCGACAGACACUACUCAAGGUCUUAAUCAGUCCUCAUUGUUUAUUUGUGAUUGUAAAAGAUGACU